AUGUUGAUUUCAGAAAGUAUUUUGACCACCUUCAGUUUCAUUAAAAAGAAAGAUUAUAGUAUUAAAUAAAUCUAUAGUAAUCAAUAUUAAGAAUCUUUGAUCUUCAAUUUGCAGUACGAUCUAGCACUUUAGAAUUAAAUAUAAGAUGAUAAAAAAUAUAGGAAAAUGCUGAUAAAACUACAAACAGUUUAAAAAAGGCUUGGAAUAUUAAUCUGGUUAAAAAAGAAGACAUCAAAGAAAUAUAUAGAGCAUAAGAAUUUCCAGAUAAAAUUUAGAUGA